AUGCCGCCCGAUCGUGGCAACGGCUUAGUUUUGGCGUAUAAAGGAUUUCGAGAUCCAGUUCGUGUUGGAAUGCUCUCCUCGAAAGUCCACCCAACUGAGGAGAAAGUAUCGGCGGCGGCGCGAAAAGUUGUCGAAGACAUUUUCUUCUGCAUUACGUCAAGCGAAGCGGCCGGAAACAUUGACCUUCCUGUCCCCGAGCUACAGACCACUGGACUCGAUGCGGAACAACUUUGGAGUCAAAUUAAUUUGCAGCUGGAACCGGUGCUUAGCCGGAUAAUGAACGUGUUGAAGAAUGCGGACUUUUCUGAAGGAAUUGAAAGGAUGAGUGGCCACGGUUUUGUAAAAGACCUCAACGUAGGCCCCAUCAGCAACAUCGUAACACGUCGUGCAGCCGCAGAAGCUGACAAACAACCACAUAGCGAUACUUUCCACGUCCCUCCGAGUAUUGUGAAUAAAGCUGCUCGGACUUCAGAAACGACCCGCUUCAAUGAGGGAAGUGUCACUGUGCAGCAUGAGUCUAGCAAACUUGAAGAGGCGGUUUGGCAUUUUCCCACGCGACAACACCAAAGCACAGAGGAGGUUUCCAAUGUUCGUAAGCUUUCAGCGUUUCAACGUGCUCAGCAGUUACUCUCCAAACAAAUAGAGACUCUUGAGGAGCAAUCCAUGCAAGAAAAAAAGUGGCAGCUCAGGGGUGAAGCGUAUGGAAGAGAACGUCCAAAGAACAGCGUGCUUUGUAUGGAAAUGGAAUUCGAUGAUGUUCGGCAAACCUCCCCGGUCAUCAGUGAGUUGAUGACCACAUCGCUUGAGAAUGUUAUUCAAGCGCGUAUUUCUGAGCAGCGUUUUGAUGAGAUGGAACGUGAAAAUACUUUAAGCGGCCCUCUAGAGAUCAGCAUGCCACCAGUUGCAGAAGACACAAAAUCUAAAGUGGGUCUAGGUGAACUGUAUGCAGAGGCAUUUCAAAACGCACGACUUCAACAGAACGCCGGGGGGGGAAACGGCGUCGAUGGUAAGGUUGCUUUGGGGAAUGAAGCAAAAAAAAUAUUGAGUGUCUUGUUGUCUAAACUGGAUGCCCUCAGCCACUCUCAGCAAUCCCCAAAAUUCGUUGUUGAUGAAACAAGUUUCACGGAGGUUCCAGCUCUGAAGGUCGAGCAGGCCGGCUCUGUUGAAGUCUCCGAAGCAGCGAGGCGAAUGUCUAGGAAGCGAAUGCGCUCGCAAUGUAUCGAAUCUAGAUCACGGGCUCACAGUGAAGCUGAUCACAAGGCGAAAGAUGAGUUAACAAAACAAGACAAGAGUCACAUUAGGGCCAUGCAUAAACGAAAAAAGAAAUCAUCAAUUACGCAAACAGGAUUGACUCCAUCAAAGUCCACCUACGUCGCGGCGAAGCAACUUAAAGAUGUUGAACAGUUUGCUUCAUCACGGCACUCUCAUAAAGGUCUGUCCAAAAGCACACGGCUGGGCAGUAUUAGCCCGGGCUACACAAAAUCUUCCCAGGUGUUCUCAAGAAUUCAAUCCGAAAAAGACGGCUCUAACGGUGUUGAGUUCCUUAGCAGAACAACUGCUAGUCGUUCAUCCGAACUUAAUAAUUUAAAAUUAUAA